AUGUCCGGCGGAGGUGGAAUGGCUGGGGCUAUGGGGGAGUCGAAUAGUGGCCAUCCACAAGGGACAGAGUACACGUUACAAGGAGUUAUGCGCUUCCUGCAGACUGAAUGGCACCGUCACGAACGCGACCGCAAUGCCUGGGAGAUUGAACGAGCGGAGAUGAAGUCCCGUAUCGGACGCCUGGAAGGAGAAAUUCGAACCAGCAAACGUAUGCAGGAGACCUUGGGCAAACAUGUGCGGCUCAUGGAAGCAGCGCUGAAAAAGGAGCGAGAGAAGGUGAAAAUGCUCUCUAAUAAUGAGUCGAUCAAAGAGGUCCAGGAUCCGAGGGAUAUUGCCAGGGACAGUGUAAGCUUCCUCAAAGAACAACGUUCUAUCUCCAAGGCGGAUACAGGCACCGAUGAAGGGGAUGCUGGACACCCAGAAUCGCAAGCAAGCUUGCACGAGGACGACCGUGACAAGUCACGAACCUACUUGUCAAAAUGUGCCCAAGAAAUCGCGUACCAUGUCAUUCCAACCUCUCAUCCAGUUCCCGACCUUAACGACCACGAUCUCUCUGGCCAUCUAUUUGCGAAUCAGCAGCUUUCUCAACAGAACCUUGAAGAGGCAUUUCAGCAACAACAAAGACAAAAGGUGGGCCAUAUGAUGUCGCGGGAUGCUCUACUGGCAAGCAAUCAACAUAACAGCAGUCAAUACUCCGAAAGUGCACCGCUGUCCCAAGCUCCAACUAUGUACAACACCCAGCCCAUGUCUGCCGAGCAGCAGCAUCAGCAGCAAAAUCAGCACUCGCAGUAUCGUCAGCAGUCUCAAACUCCUAUCACGGCAAUUGAUGGCCGAACAACAUCCUCCGAGCAGGGAAUGAUCCGUGAUCGCCAAGCCGCAGGCACUCCAGAGGCGACGGACGACUUGCCUGGCCCUACAAUCACUGUUCGAGACCCCUCGCAAUCUUCGCAACCAGCACAAGAACAUAGUGAGGACAUUGAUGGUUGGAACUUCGACGAGCCAGCAGAGGCAGCGCAGACGAGCGAGGCAAUUCCCCCUCAUCGACCAGAUACUGAUGCGUUCCCCAACGCCAACUUCGUGUCGAGCAAAUCCCCAGCCAAAAGCGGGUCCCUCUCACAUCGACGCAAGAGUUCAGGCUCCCGACGAAAGAGCGAAGAGGGAACUGAGAUAAAGGAGUUUGCCGUAAAAGCAGCUCAACAAGAUUCCAGUUUCAAGGUCCGCUUUGCGUUACGUGGCCACCUGGACGUCAUUCGAUCCGUAAUAUUCACAGGUGGCGGUAGCCCGUCAGAGCCAGAGAUCUGCACAUGCAGUGAUGAUGGCACUAUAAAACGCUGGAUCAUUCCGGCAACAUACGGGACGUUCGGUGCUCAUGGCCCAAGCUCCAGCAAUGACCUGGAUAUUACCAGCUAUUUCACUCACCGAGGUCAUGUGGGCGCAGUCACCUCGCUAGCAGCAUGCUCUCCUUCCCAAAACAUCUCCAACGGGGGUCGCGCCUUUGGCGAUGGUUGGGUUUUCUCCGGUGGCCAGGACGCCAGCGUACGGGUCUGGGAGCGAGGCCGGGUCGACCCUAAGGCAACCCUCGACGGCCACACCGAUGCUGUCUGGGGACUUUGUGUACUUCCAGGAACAGCCGGCUCUGUCUUUGGGGAAUCUAGCUCCCACUAUGGUGGCGCUGACCGAAUUCUGCUAGCCUCUGGUGCUGCUGACGGCCGCAUACUCAUCUGGGCGGUUAGUGCCCCUCCGUUGGCCUCCAAUCCUCAGGCUGGGUCACGUCGUCAGGGCGGAAGCCGUCGGGCCAACUCGAUCUCUUCAGGGUCUAAUUUCCCGUCAUCUCCGCAACCAAGCGUUGCUACUACGACCCCUUUCCAUUACACUCUUGUACACCACAUCUACCGGAACGAGUCUCCUUCUCCCACCUGCAUCAGUCCUCUGUCCUUGGCAGGUGUAAAUUUCGUCGUCUCUUAUGCAGAUGCCUCCAUUCUCGUUUACGAUACCCGGACGGGUGAAGAAAUUGUCGGCAUGGCCAGCCUCGAAACAUAUGACGGAACCCCCUCAACUGGCGUCAACUCUGUGGUUGCCACGACUGUUGGUUUUGAUGGAUCCGCUAGCUUGGAACCAAACCGCGCGAUGGCCGAAGAGGAGGUUGUUCACGGUGCUACAGGCUCUAGCAACGUCGAAGGAGUUAUCAUCAGUGGCUACGAAGACCGAUACAUUCGCUUUUUCGAUGCCAACAGCGGACAAUGUACCUACACAAUGUUGGCGCACCCCGCUGCUAUUGCCUCGCUUUCAUUAUCUCCCGAUGGCCGUGAACUAGUCUCGGCAGGGCACGAUGCAAGCCUGCGGUUCUGGAAUCUUGAGAAACGCAGUUGCACCCAGGAGCUCACAAGUCACCGGCUGAUGCGAGGUGAGGGUGUAUGUGCAGUCGUUUGGAGUCGCGAUGGUCGUUGGGUGGUCAGUGGGGGUGGUGACGGCGUGGUCAAGGUCUUCUCUCGGUAA